UGUCCAUGAAUGUUGCAGAAGAGCCUGGUGCAACUGAGGCUCAGAAAAAGGCCAAAGGUUAUCCGUUAGCAACCCAGGAAAAAGAAGGCAGCAAAGACUCUUUGACCUCCAGGCCUGGGAUUUCAAAGGAAACCCUGCAAGAGUUGAAAAACCUGUUGAGAGUGAGCCCCUUGCUGAGUACCAGGGCUAGGAAGAGUAGGAAACCCAGCAGUGGCUCUUGCCAUACAUCUCCACUACUGCCUAGUGAUAAACCAGGUCAGUUUGUGGAAACAUCUCAUCCUCAUUUAAGAGGAGGUGGCCAUGAAGUCCUUUCUGGGCACCCCAAUGGAACAAAGCAGGUAGGCAGGCCACCUCUACUCCAUAGCUCUGCUGUGCCAGAUGAACAAAAUGAAGAGGUGGGAGAACUUCCUGAAAGACAACAGACACCUUCCCCACCUGAGGGGGACAAUGCACCAGGAACUAAAUAUGACCUCAUGCCUGAAGAACAGAACAGAGAGCCUGAUGUCAAGAAGCCUAGUAGUCACAUUCCUCUGUAUUUGGCCUGUGAGAUUGACCAUAUCAAAGAACAAAUGGCCAGGGACAAUAUCCAUUUUGUCCGGUUUGAAGCGACAGAUCUUCAUGGGGUGUCAAGAUCAAAGACCAUCCCUUCCCGCUUUUUCCGGACCAAAGCAAUCCAUGGGGUUUCCAUGCCCAGAGGCUAUCUUGAACUGACUCUAAAUCCAAGGGACAGUGAAAUAAACCAGAUAAGUGCAUCCAAUUUCAACUGUGACAUAGUCCUGUGUCCUGAUUUUCCAACAUUUCGGACUUUACCGUGGACUGAACAGACUGCCCGGCUGAUAUGUGAUUCAUUUACAGUAACCGGCAAGCCUCUGUUGACUUCUCCCAGAUAUAUCGCCAAGCAGCAGCUGCACCAUCUCCACGAGAAUGGCUUCGCACUGUCGUCCGCCUUCACGUAUGAGUUCUGCAUUUAUGGCAUUGCCGAAAUUGUAAAUUCGAAAACCAUCUCUUUUCCCGCAGCAACUCUCCUAAAUAACCACGAGCAAUCCUUCAUCCAGGAACUCAUUGACGGGAUGUACCAUGCUGGGGCAAACAUCGAGAGCUUCUCUUCCUCUACAGGCCCUGGGCAAAUGGAGGUCUCUUUCCACCCAGAAUUUGGCAUUGGCGCUGCUGACAAUGCCUUCACCUUCCGAACGGGCAUCAAGGAAGUUGCCAAAAAAUACAACUACAUUGCCAGCUUUUUCACUGAGAAUGGGUUUUGCAAUGCAGGCAUGUUCUCCCAUAGCCUUUGGAAUAGCUCAGGGCAGGAGAAUUUGUUUUCUGGCGGUGCCGGAGCCUCCGAGUUUACUGACGUAGGAAAGCAUUGGCUUUCUGGGCUAUUGGUGCAUUCGCCAGCGCUCAGCUGCCUGAUGGCCCCAACGCUCAGCUGCCGCAAACGUUACAGCACCUACAGCAAAAGUUCAAAAGACACCGUGAUCGCCAAGUGGGCCUGCAAUGAUAACAGCUGUGCCUUUAACCUCAAAGGCCAUGGCGAAAAAGGACCGAGGAUAGAAAACAAACUCGGCUCAGCAGCAGCAAACCCAUAUCUCGUGCUGUCUGCUACCAUUGCAGCAGGUUUGGAUGGUAUCAAGAGAGGCCUCUGCUUCCCAGAGGCCAUGGAGGAGAUCCAGGGCUCAGGUCACUUCAAAGCUGCGACCGUCCCCCUCAAACUGGAAGAUGCCCUUCUGGCGCUUCAGGAAGAUGAGUGCAUCCGGGAAGCGUUUGGAGACAACUUUGUGCAAUAUUUUGUUGCCAUGAAGCAGUAUGAGAUAGAAACAGAAGAAAUGGAUAUAGAAAGGAAUAAAUUUUUAGAAUAUUUUAUCUAGAGUGGACGUGAGCUUCUCAGAGCUGGUUCUGGCAUGAAUGGACUUAUAGACUGAGCUCUGAAUAUGGAUGACCCUGACUUGGAUCUCAUGUCUGCUAUGAACUCACUAGAUGUCUUAAACUAACAUCUCUCUCUCUCUCUCCCCAUCCCUUC